AUGACUACCGCCGACGUCCCCCGCAUCGUCCUCGGAGCAAUGACAUUCGGGCUCGACACCACCGAUGCCGCAACAUCCGCCAUCAAAGUCCGCGGUCCUGCCGCCGUCGCCCCCUUCCUCACCACCUUCCACUCUCACGGUCACACCGAAGUCGACACUGCCCGCUUCUACGGCAGUGGCGAUAGCGAAACCGUUCUCUCCCAAGUGCCCAACGCCCAUUUGAAGAUCUCGACAAAGAUUUUCCCCUACGUGGCGGGGAGUCAUAACCGCGAGAAUUUGCCAAAGCAGUUUCGGGAAAGUUUGAAGGCAUUGAAUUUGAGCAAGGUGGAUAUCUUGUAUUUGCAUGCGCCGGAUUAUUCGGUUCCCUUUGAGGAGACGUUGAAGGCGAUUGAUGAUCUCCACAAGGAAGGGCUGUUUGAUCGAUUCGGCGUGUCAAACUACCCAGCCUGGAACGUAGCACUCAUGCACUCAAUCUGCAAACAAAACGGUUACAUCCUCCCAACAAUCUACCAAGGACCCUACAACCCCAUCGAGCGGAACGUCACAUACGAACUUCUUCCUUGCCUCAAACACCUCAACAUUGGCUUUUACGCCUAUAACCCCAUCUGUGGAGGUGUCCUUUCGGGCAAGUACAAGUUUGAUGCCGAGACCCCGGAGGGGAGUCGGUACGAUCCCAAGACUGCAGUUGGCAAGAUGGCCCGAGAAAUGUACUGGAACAAAGCAACCUUCGAAGCCGUCGAAUCCCUCACAAAGGUCGCAACAGCCCAUAAUCUAACCCUUCUCGAAGCAACCCUCCGCUGGAUGCGUCACCAUUCCGGCCUCAACGCCAAGGACGGUAUCUUGAUUGGAGCAUCAAAGGUCGAGCAGUUGGAGGAAUCGUUGACGGAGCUGGAGAAGGGUCCCUUGCCGGAAGAGAUGCUGAAAGCUUUUGAUGACGCUUGGGAGCAUGUAAAGUCCUUCAUGAGACCUUAUUUCUUUUCCGAGAACGUUACCCGACCCUCUUUCAAGAAGGAUUAG